AUGAGUGACCUAGCUAUCUCCACAUCGUCGGACAAUCCCAUGGGACGACCACUUGUCGUCACCGGAUGCACCUUUUCGUCACCGGAAGAGAUUUUUGCGCAAUUGCGGACUUGGGCCGCGGAACUCCCAAAGGAGACAUACGUACAGCAUUUCCAUGAAGCCCUUGGCGAAGGGAAUCGUGCGGUGAAAAACUAUGACCUUAUAAGGAACACUUUCCUUAUACACCUAUGGUCCGUGGGCAAAGACACCCUCGGGGCCGAUUUCGCGAAGAUAAGGAAGAAGAACCGACACAUAUGGUCUAAGGCUGAACAGGCUGUCCACACAACAGCAAAGAAUCAAAGAGCCUGUAAUGCAGCCACGAAGAAGGUCAUCAAUAGAUGGGGAGAGGCGAAAGCAGCGGAGUUUCUGGGCAUCAACACAGCCCAAGGCUGGCGCGGCGCAGCCGGCCGCUUGGCCACGGUCUGUACAGAUUACGACAAGGCCAUGGACUAUCUAGUUCAUGCCUUAGUCCAACGGCUACAGCACGUGGGCCGUGGAAAGUCCCGAUAUCUUGAUCCCGGCAUUGUAGACAUCCAGACGGCCAUCAACCUCUACAAGGAGGACCCCAGCCGCCCCCCUGUGGCCAGCGAGGUUCUUGCUGAGCUUGGCAUCCGGAGGAAUGCAAUGGGGCUGCUCAGCACUGGGGCUGAGACCAUUGAAGCUCCCAUUGCCGGCCCUAGCUUUGAGUGGGCGUCUACCGAGCCCCAGCUGUCACUACCUCAGGCGAUCAUAGAGGAUCUCUCAGACUUGUCAUCGGACGCAGAACAGGAAGAUGCGGAACUCGAAGACGCGCAACUCGCCCGAACCCCUUUUGCUGACGCGGCGCCCAGAACUGUUCCCAAUGUGGAUGUAGAAGGAUCUCCGCGCGGAAGAGCAACCCGAGCCUUGGACCUGAGCGAUGCAUCCCCACCACAACGCCAUGCGGCUGGAUCACCAGCACGGGAUCACUCUGUCCUCUCUACCGCUACCCGGGAAUCAUCUAUGACCCGGCAGUCUGCUGCAGACGAGCUGCGCAAGCGACUGGCCGAGUCUUCCCAGGUAAUGCCACAGCCAGAACAGUCCCGAAUCGGAGCAGAUGGGGAUGGAGAUACCGAAGAACCAACAGCCGUUCAUACAGACGCCUUGGAUGUGGCCGCCGGCUCAGCGGCUCCAGCCCCAUCCACGGGGACUGGGUCCUCUUCAGGUGCCCCAAUGACCCUGCAAACCCAGCCUACCAGCACACAGCGCCAAAAGCGGAAGAGGGAAAAGGCACCAGUGUUCACCCCAAGCAGAGAGAACAUCUCCCAACGAAAAGGAGAGACGGCUACGCAUGUGGCUGUACCAGUUGCUCAAGCACAACCCACAGCGGCACCAAGCGCUCUGGAAAAGUCAGCUGGACCUAUUCCUGCUAUUACUGACCCCGUCAAAAGAAAAGACAGCCUGGUUGAGGGGGCGUCCGACUGGGAGGAUGAGGAUUUAGGGUCGCGUGUGGGCCUUCCUCUCCCGUCUGCUCAUCAUCCUGAAACCCGGAUUCAGGAUGAGGCCGCCCGUAAACUAGGAAUUAUAAAAGACUUAUGGAAUCGUCUCAAUGCCUUCAACAACAUCGAUCCCGAACAUGCAUUAACAGAGAAAACCCUUCAAGGGAUUCAUAUCUACGAUUGGUGGGAUCAUACAUUCGUCAACAAGACGCCAAUGACUACCUGCGCACUGCUUGAGCUGAAACGCUUUGAGCACCACUAUGGAAAGCAGCUGGAUAGCUACCAGUUCGCACUCUUCCAGCAGCUGGCGGAGAGUGACCCCGUUUUAUGGCUUUUACAGGCCCUUUUCUGGUCUGACACCGAACUUCUUGCCUUCCCGCAGGGGGUGGAAAGUGUCACAUCCCAUGAUGGCAUCCUCCUACCAUCUGCCAACGCGCAACUUUGCUUCCAUUCGAGAGUUACGCGCUGA